UGAGUAGUGUACUGUAUCUUUAAGACCAACUGGAUCCAUCACAGAAGACUCUUCCUUUACAGCUCAUUACUCUAGAGUGGAUCUUUUCUGGACACUUUGUUGAGUAAUAGUCUUUAUUAUUACUGUGCAGGAUGGCCUCAGGCACAUAGAGUGGAGAGCCAACAUGAAACACUUCAGCAUGACAUGUUUCUGGAUUGUUUUUGCAUCACAUUUGGUUUUCCUGCCACUGACAGUGUGGUGUAAGCCUGUCAUCUCCCCCAACGGGCCUCACAUUGUUGUCCCCAAGAGGGGGAAGCUGGAGCUUUAUUGCCAUGACAAUGCAACCACGUCUGGCGUGCCGUCCAGGUUGAGGUGGCAGAGGGAUAAAGCUCGCAGACUGGAGGGCGAGGUGGGGGAGGGCGGCGUGGUUGUUGUCAAGGUACCUGCGGCACAAGCCUACCACAUGGGCCGCUACACAUGCAUCAACAACAGCACACAAGAACACAGCUCCAUCUAUGUAUACGUGAAAGACCCUGUUAAUGCGUUCCAGCGCACCAUGGUCAAUGUCAUCCUGGUGCGGGCUGGGGAGAACUGCACCAUUCCCUGCCUCGUGACUGACCCUGAAGUCACCCUGCUGGCUUUGGAGACAUGUGACGGGCGACCUUUGCCCUCCAAUAUGAAUUACUGGACCCACCGUGAGCAAGGUGUUAUUAUUGGCAAUACAAGGAAGGAGUUUGAGGGGUGCUACGUGUGUGUGGGCCAGAGAGGUGGAGAUAAUGUGACAUCCAGCCAGUAUACUGUGGAUGUACGGCAAGUUCCAGAUGUGCUUCCAAUCAUCACAUUGUCUGAGAGGGGCAAGGUUAUCUUGCGGAAAGGAGAGAGGUUUGAAGUUACUUGUAGCUCCUCCAAUGUCAAUCCAGACUUUAAUGUCAAGUGGGACUACCCUUCAACAGCGCAUCCAGAUGAAUCCCACACCUCACACAUCCUUCCUGGGUCUCAUGGUUAUCAAAGGGGCUCCCGGCUCGUGAUUACAUCUGUGGACCAAACAGACUCAGGGACAUACCGCUGCUCAGCCCACAAUGAGAGAGGCAGCAGCUCCACAGGACUACAGCUGAAUGUCUGUGAUAAGGGGUUCAUUACCAUGUUUGGCCAUCCAAGUCCCAUCCGAGCCGAUGUGCAAGAAGGGGAGAGCCUGAGUCUCAGAGUGGAGUUUGAUGCCUAUCCGGCACCCGGCACACUGUUCUGGUCUUACAACGACAAACGACUGCUCAACACCACAGAGCACGUCAUCACAAUCCACAAACACAAAUACAGGUUCAUCAGUGAGCUGAGACUGGUGAGAGUUCUUGGCUCAGAAGGUGGGAUCUAUAAAUUCUUCACCAGCCAUGAAGACGCAUCCUUUGAAUAUUUCUUUGAAGUAUAUGUCAAUAGUAAGCCAGUCAUCAUCGCCCAGGAAGGGCCAGUCGAUGGUCAGGUCAAGUGUGUGGCUGCUGGUCAUCCAGUUCCUAAAAUCAGUUGGUACCUGUGUGCUCUUCCUCACACAAGGUGCUCACAGCUGCCCAAUGCCACCCAAUGGGAAACCGUAGAUGUCACCAUGGUGACAGAGUCCACCUUUAGCAGGAGUGAGGUGGAGAGCCGAUUGAACAUCAGCAAGGUGCACGCCAACUACCAUACGUUGGAGUGUGUGGCUUCGACAGAGGGAGAAGAAGCCUUCACGCUCUUCUCCAUCAGCGAGCGACUUGUCCCCCAUAAACUGUUCACCCCGCUUCUAACUGGCAUAGUGGCCAUCGGCGCCUUACUCUGCCUGUUCCUUGUGGUUCUGCUCUAUAAAUACAUGCAGAAACCAAAAUUUCAAAUCCAAUGGAAGGUCAUCGAGAGUAUCCAUGGCAACAACUAUAUAUAUUUUGACCCCAACCAGCUUCCAUAUGACUCCAAAUGGGAGUUUUCCCGACAGAAGCUACGCUUUGGAAAAACGCUUGGUUCUGGGGCUUUUGGGAAGGUGGUAAGAGCCACAGCAUACGGCCUGUGCUCGGUUGACACCAUCACAACUGUUGCUGUCAAGAUGCUCAAACACAAUGCUCACGCCACAGAGAAGGAGGCGCUGAUGUCAGAGUUAAAGGUGCUUAGUUAUCUUGGCAACCACAUGAACAUCGUGAACCUGCUGGGAGCCUGCACCGUUGGAGGUCCAAUUUUAGUUAUCACUGAAUACUGUUGCUAUGGCGACCUCCUCAACUUCCUGCGCAGAAAAAGAGAGUCCUUCCUAAUUUCCCAAAUUGGUGACAGCUACUAUCGCAAUGUCUCCAAACACACACAGCCAACAAGCAGAGAGGUGGCAGGUACAGGAUAUAUGCCUAUGCGUCCAUCUGACAAAGAAAGAUCCUCCCAGUCAGAUGAUGUAGAUGAGCUUUCUCUGGAUUCUGAAGAUCUUCUCAGCUUCUCCUACCAGGUAGCCAAAGGGAUGGAAUACAUCACUUCAAAAAACUGCAUCCACAGAGACCUCGCAGCCAGGAAUGUUCUACUGACUCACGGCAGGGUGGCCAAGAUCUGUGACUUUGGCUUGGCACGGGACAUCACCACCGAUUCUAGCUAUGUGCUCCGAGGCAACGCACGUCUCCCAGUCAAGUGGAUGUCUCCCGAGAGCAUCUUCGAUUGUGUCUACACAUUUGAGAGUGACGUCUGGUCUUAUGGCAUCCUGCUAUGGGAAAUCUUUUCUUUGGGUAACAGUCCCUAUCCUGGGAUGCAGGUGGGCUCAGCAUUUUACCGACUGAUUCAAGAAGGCCAUAGGAUGAGCAAACCAGAGUUUGCACCCACUCAGAUGUAUGACAUGAUGCUCUCAUGCUGGAAUCAGGACCCCUUGAAAAGACCCCCUUUUAGAAAACUGGUGGAGAGAACUGAACUCCUUUUGUCAGAAAAUACCAGGAAUGUUUACCUAACACUGAACAACGCUUCAGGGCCAUCAGAGCAGCAGAGGGUGCCAUCACGAAGGCUGAGCUCAGUGUGCAGCACCACAGCACCCACCCAGCCUUUGCUGCAGAGCACGGCUGACGUCUUCCUGGACUACGUCUGAACCACUUCUCACAUUAAUUUAGUAGAAUGUCAUACGAAAGGUUCUAGUCAAACCAUGGUAUUGUUCAGCGUACGUAGUAUACAUGGAAAGUCCAGCAGCAGAAUGUGUGGUCGUGGCUAUAUUUUGUCAUCAUUUCAAAGACGUGCAUUCUGAGCUGUCUCUUUUUAGGUGUUUUUAUAUCAUUAGAAUGCACAGUAAAGACAAAGACAUGCACGUUCAAGUCUCACAUAAGGAUUGCGGAAAAAAAUCCAAAAAAGUGCAGUUUUCCUUUAAAUACUUCAGUUUUCUGUAUUAAAUUCUACUAAAUUCUUGUGGAGACAGGUUGCGUGCACACGCAUACAGUACAUACAAUAUAUACACACUCAUAUCUAUACCAUUUCUCAACAAACAGGAGCCAAAUUGUUCUGUGCAUUCAAGGUGAAUGUAGAUCACUGGGCUUUAUGUGGUACAAGGUGUAUAUAAGCUGCACUGCUUUCAGUAAUGCUUUCUGUCAACUGUUGUAUUGAUCUGUGUGUUACAACUUUCAGAUGCAUGUCGACAAAAAGCAAAGUCCAGCACGACAACAUAAACAUAAGCAGUAUGGUAGUGAUGAAUCCAGACUGGGAUUAUACAGUAUCUUAAAACGCUUGGGCAAAUAGUUUUUUAUCUGACUCAAUUGAAUGUGUGUCAGAGAGAGUCAUCUCUGAGUAGGGCUGAGCCAGCUGCUUGAUAGCAAACUUAGCUUAGCAUCAAAACUGGGAACACAAAACUGGAAAUUAUGAAAUAAAAGGUCAUAAUUAUGAGAUAAGAACAUCCCAAUUAUAACACAAAGUCAAAAUUAUUAGAUAAAAAGUCAGAAUUGUAAGAUACAAUCAUAAUUAUGAGGCAGUAAGUCAUAUUUGUGUGAUAAGAAGUCGAGAUUACCAGAUAAAAAGUCAAAAUUAUGAGAUAAGAAAAUCAUAAUUAUGACAUAAAGUCAAAAUCAUGAAAUGAAAAAGUCCUAAUUUUGGGAUAAAGUCAAAAUUAUGUGAUGAAAAGUCACAAUUAUGAGAUAAAAAGUCAAAAUUAUUAAAUAAAAUGUCAUAAUUAUGAUAUUAAAAGCCAAAAACAUAAACAUGCAUUGCUUACUUACCUUAGCACCAUUGCCAGAAAUACAGAAAGCACACUGAUGUUGGCUCACAUAUUUUAGCAUCUGCUUGUUAGCAAACUUAGCAUCAUGACCAGAAGCUCACUGAUCAUUAGCUUAGCAUCAUGGCCAGAAAUACAGAAAGCAAACAAAUAUUUCCCACUCGAGGUGGCUUGUUAGCUACCUUAACUUGGUAUCAAGACCAAAAACACUGAAACACCUCAAAUGUACUUAGUUUGACUAAAUUUAAUCUGUUUUAUCACCAAAGCAGCUUGCUAGCUACAUUAGCCUAGCAUGAAAACCCAAAACAGAUAGCUCAGUCAACAUAAACUUUACCUAAUACCUCUCUUCACAUUAUACACAGUUGUUUGUUUGCUGCCUUAGCUUAGCAUUAGCAUCAAGAAUGGAAACGUUGCUUUUAAGUUGCUUUUGUUCAGCGUAGUAAUGGUGUUAGCCUCACAUUUGGGACAGUUUGUUUUUUACAAAUCCUAAUUUUACGGGACCAGCUAUCAUCAAAUUGGCCUUAAUAAUUCCUUGAUGAAGUGUCUCCCUGAGAGUCAACACCACAAGCAAGUGGUAACUGAUAAAUAUCAACAUAUGAUGUCUGCUACCAGAGCCUACAUGUGUACAUAUAUUUGAGUAGUGUGAUUUAUCAACAUAUACAGUAUGUAUUUGUGGGGUCAUUUGAGUUUAGCACGAUUGAUUGUGGGUUCUCUUUUGUCUCAUUAUGUGUAUGCAAUGUAAAUACAAUAGAGAUGUGCCUUUAGAUUUUGACUGGGUAUGUUUGGAGUUUCCUGCAGUUUUGAUACAGUUGGUUGACUUGUAAUAAUAAAGAAGGUACCUGUGACGGUA